ACCUAAAUGCCCAGCCUACAUUUGGAACCAAGAAAGCCGGCAACUUGGACUAUUAGGCACCCAAGAACUCCGGUCAACUGCCCCACCCCCCAAAACAAUAAACUUCCUUUCUCUCUUCCCUCUGCUUCGUUAACUUUAUUGUAGAAAUCAAAAAAAGAAAAGAAAAAAAUACGCAAAACAAAACCUAAAACUUGACACAGAAUGAGAGUUCAGGAAUCAUUAUCUUCUCCGAGCGUAAGCCACACUCAUGGCUCAGAAAGCCCAUGAAGCCACCGGGAAGAUGACCAAGCUUUGCCGGAAAAUCGUGCACGUCAACUUCCGGUGGAGGUUACUGGAAAGGGUUUCGUAUUUCAGGGAGUUUUUCCGGUUCCUUUGGGAUAGAAUACUGGUCUGCUCCACCGGCCAGCACCCGGCGCGCUACCGGAGAAUAUCCCGGACCGGAGGUGCUGCUGCUCCGCCGCCGCCGGAAUCCGCAGAAUCCGGGACGGUUAUCGAUGAGGACCCCACCACCGCUAUUCGUGGCGGGUACGAGAGUGAUUCGGAUUUGGUCACCUUGAAGAUCAGUAUCUUGGGCGAUUGCCAGAUUGGGAAAACAAGUUUUGUGAUAAAGUAUGUUGGAGAUGAAGAAGAGAAGAGAUGCCUGCAAAUGAAUGGAUUAAACCUAAUGGACAAAACAUUAUUCGUACGAGGUGCAAGAAUUGCGUUCAGAAUAUGGGAUGUUGGAGGAGAUUAUUCCUCACUUGAUCAACUUCCAAUUGCCUGCAAAGAUUCAGUUGCUAUUCUCUUCAUGUUCGAUCUUACUAGUAGAUCAACACUAAACAGUGUUAUAGGGUGGUUCAGUGAAGCAAGAAAGUGGAAUCAGAAUGCAAUUCCUAUACUCAUCGGCACCAAGUUUGACGAUUUUGCCCAGCUUCCGCCCGACAUUCAGUGGACAAUCGUCACUCAGGCAAGGGCAUAUGCAAAGGUGAUGAAGGCAACCUUAUUCUUCUCGAGCUCGACCCAUAACAUCAAUGUGAAUAAGAUCUUCAAAUUUAUAAUGGCGAAGCUUUUUAACCUACCAUGGAACGUUGAGAGGAAUCUCACCAUUGGCGAACCCAUCAUUGACUUCUAGCUUUUGCAUUCAUUUUUGUAAAUACACAUAACAUCUUCUCCCUUUUCUCACAAGGGACAAAAACAUAAUAUAGAGAAUGGCUUAUCCUCCUAAAUUUGUUACUCUUUUUUUUUUUUUUAAUUGUAUUUUUCCAUUAUCUUUCUUUAGGUAAAAUAAAAAGGCUUGGGUUUCUUCUUUUA